CCGGCAAGAAGCGCAUCUCGGAGGCCUUCCAGAAGUGGUGGCUGCUCCAUCCCCUAGAAGCUUUCCAGAAACGAUUGGGACCGCCACCCGUCUGAAUGGGUAUAUAGGGUCUUCCGCUUGAGCAAAGGGGUUGGAUUAGAUGACCUCCAAGGUCCCUUCCAGCUCUCUAGCCCGACGGAUUGAUUGAAGCCUUAUUUGUAGGUGUGAGAUUGCUCAGCUUUUGCUUCAGACUCUUCCUCCCUGUCUUAGAAGCCCUUGCAGGUGGUGUAUCUGCUGGUCCACAGCAAAGCUGUUCAACGUCCCAGAGGCUCCUCGCUAGAUGCGGGCCGAGAAGGAGAGGAGCUGAAUUGACGCCCGUGAAGGAAGCUCGGCCUGCCUGGCCCGCAAGAUGGACGUGCCGAAGUCAGGCAGAGAGUGGAGAAGAGCUUCAGGCCUUCCUGAAGCUGAGCCCGAGGAAGGUGGAGAGGCCUGGGCCGCCGGAGCCAAGCGGGAGACCCUCCCCGAGGACCCGCCGGACUCAGAGGCCCAGCGCUUCCGCCCCUUUGGCUACCAGGAGUCGGCGGGGCCCCGGGCAGUCUGCACCCGCCUGCAGCAGCUUUGCUAUCGAUGGCUGAAGCCCGAGAAGAGCAGCAAAGCUCAAGUGGUGGACCUGGUGAUCCUGGAGCAGUUCCUGGCCGUGCUGCCCCCGGAGAUGGCGGGCUGGCUGAGGGAGUGCGGAGCGGAGAGCUGCUCCCAGGCGGUGGCCCUGGCCGAAGGCUUCUUGCUGAGCCAGGCCGAGGAAUGGAAGCAGCAGAGGCAGGAGCCUUUAAUGAAGGCAGUUGUGGUAUCUCCCAAAAGAAAGGAAGGUCUUUCUGGUCCCUCUAUGCAGCAACCGUUGGGAAGGAUCCCCGAGGAGGAUCCAAGUCGGUUCAUGUUGCCACUCACAGGGAGUGGGAGGCUGCUGAUGGAAAUUGCUGAAGCAUCUCCUCUGGGUGGGGGAACAACAGCUCAGGGUUUGAUAUCCUUUGAGGAGGUGGCUGUGUAUUUCACAGAGGAGGAAUGGAGGCUGCUGGAUCCCAGCCAGAGAGCCUUACACGGGGAAGUCAUGCUGGAGAAUGCUAGGAAUGUGGCCGCUCUGGGUUAUAGACAGGAGCAAAUUAAUUAUAAGGAGCCCGGUGUAGCGCUAUUACAAAUGAUCAAGUCUGAAGACGGAAUGCUUGGAAAUCAAGGGACAUCACAAAGCAGUAAGAAAAGUUGCAUAAUGUAUGGAAGGAAGAGCUCUUCUCCUUUUGGAUAUAAUGAAUUCCUUGACUUCUCAACCCAGCGAGCUCAACAACGAGAAGAUAAAGGAAAAUUUAGUGGAUGUGGUGAAAGAGACAACAGGAAGUUUGGUUUCCGUAAAUAUUGUAUAACCCAGACUGAUGAGGAACAAUGUGAAUAUCAAGAGGAUGGGAAGAAGGUCAAUUAUACCUCUUCUGUUAAUUUACAUUACCAAUCGUAUCUCAAAGACACGCCCUAUGCAUUUAUAAAUUGUGAGGAAAGUUUUGAUUUGAGCAGUCAUCCUAUUUCCCAUAACAGUGAAAAACAGUGUGAGUAUGAAGAGAAUUCCAGUAAGAAACAGUUGCUUAUUUCACCCGCAGAAACUCCCCCAAAGGAAAAACCAUAUAAAUGUUUGCAGUGCGGAAAGGCCUUCACACAGAGAUGUAAACUUACCAUACAUGAAAGAAUCCACACAGGGGAAAAGCCGUACGUGUGCCUGGUCUGUGGAAAGACCUUCACUCAGAGAUGUAAAUUAAUCAUACACGAAAGGAUCCAUACAGGGGAGAAACCGUAUAUAUGCCUGGUGUGUGGAAGGAGAUUCAACCAGAGUGGUCACCUUACAAGACAUAAAAGAACCCACACUGGGGAGAAACCAUACACUUGUCUGAAGUGUGGAAGGCAAUUCAGUGAAAGUUCAAGCCUUGUGAUGCACGUAAGAAGCCACACAGGAGAGAAACCAUAUAUAUGUACAGAAUGCGGAAAGAGCUUCCGUCAAAACAGUGUCUUUGUUUGCCACAGAAGGAUCCACACAGGAGAGAAACCGUACAAAUGCUUGGAGUGUGGAAAGAGCUUCAGUCAGAACAGUAGCCUUUUGAAACAUAAAAGAAUCCAUACAGGGGAAAAACCAUAUCAGUGCCUGGACUGUGGAAAGAGUUUCAGUGUGCGCUCGGAUCUUACCUAUCAUAGAAAAAUGCACACGGGAGAGAAAUCAUUUCAGUGUUCGGAAUGCGGGAAGAGCUUCAAUUGCAGCCGUUACUUUAUUCGUCACAAAAAGAUCCACACAGGAGAAAAACCAUACAAAUGCGUGGAGUGUGGAAAGAGUUUCAGUCAGAACAGUCACCUUGUCAAACAUAAAAGGAUUCACACCGGGGAGAAACCGUAUCAGUGCCUGGAGUGUGGUAAGAGUUUUACUGCAGCCUUACACCUUACAUAUCACAGAAGAAUGCACACGGGGGAAAAACCGUAUAAGUGUUUGGAAUGCGGAAAGAGUUUCAACUGCAGCAGUUAUUUUAUUUGCCAUAAAAGGAUACACACGGGGGAGAAACCUUACAAGUGUUUGGAAUGUGGAAAGCGGUUCAAUAGAAGCAGUCAUCUCUCUUAUCAUAAAAGGAUGCAUACAGGAGAGAAACCGUAUAAAUGCACAGAGUGUGGAAAAAGCUUUUCGUAUAACAAUGGUCUUAGAUACCAUCAAAGAAUCCAUACUGGGGAGAAACCAUAUACCUGCUUGAAGUGUGGAAAGACGUUCAGUGCCAGUGCAAAUCUGAUGAUGCAUGUAAGAAUCCACACAGGGGAGAAACCGUAUAAAUGUCUGGAGUGCGGAAAGAGCUUCCGUCAGAACAGUGUCUUUAUUUGCCAUAAAAGGAUCCACACGGGGGAGAAGCCGUACAAAUGCACGGAGUGCGGCAAGAAUUUCCGUCAGAACAGCAACCUUAUCAUACAUAAAAUAAUUCACACGGGAGAGAAACCGUACAACUGCACAGAGUGUGGAAAGAGCUUCAGUCACAAAAGUCACCUCACGAGACAUAAAAAAAUCCACACGGGAGAGAAGCCCUGCAAGUGCACAGAUUGUGGAAAAAGUUUUAGUCGAAAUAGUCACCUUACGAAGCAUAAAAGAAUCCACACAAGAGAGAAAUCGUAACUUGGGAGUUUUCAUCACUCAAGUAUUUUCUUCUCACAAAGGGACAUAACAAGGAAAGAAACAAUAGAAAUUUGUUGACUGUUCAGUUGCAGCAGUAAGUAGCCUUAUCAGACCUAAAGGAAUUCACAUAUGGGAGAACCAUAAAAACACCUGAAGUUCAUUUCUCAUUAAAAGUCGUAUUGUGGGAAGAAUGCCUGGAAUAAAUGAAAAUUGAUUACUGUAUAUGCCGGCGUAUAAGACGACUUCCGGAAGCGCUAAACUCGGCGCCAAAGACGGGGGUCGUCUUAUACGCCGAGUCGUCUUAUACGCCGGAAAUACUGGUAGUUUC